GUGGACGUUAUGUGAAAAAAACAGUUUUUUGUGAGAGAACAAUGUGUUUUAUGUGACCAAAAAGAUUGUAUAAAUAUUAAAAAUGGAUUUUGUUAAGCGAGAAGCUCAAAAUCUCAUCGACGAGGAGCAAUAUAAGGCGUAUAUUGAAAGUAUCCAAAAAUCAACAGAAAUGGAGUACCAACACACAGCAAUAUCAAUGGAGCAACUGCACCAAGCGAUGCAAUCAUCGUUACAAUCGUCUCUCAACGCGACAACGAUUGUACAUAACUUCCAACUUCCGUUAUCACCGCGCCAAAUGUCCACGCUCAUGUUAAAAACGAAUCACCUAACCCGUAACUUCAGCGAGAUCCCAGCACACAUACCUAGAAACUUAGAAAUGGAGCUCGUACAAAAUCUAAGCCAAGAAUUACCUCAAAACCUACGGCACGAAGACUUAAGCCGUAACUUAGACUUAACUUUACCAAGACUCAACGAAUUGGAACUACAAAAUAACUUAGCACAACAAAUUUUAACGGAAGACUUAAGAAUUAACGAUUUAAGUCGUAUUAACGACGUGUUACCACAGAAUUUAACAAUGGAACUGCCUCAGAAUUUGAGUCACGACAUUGAUUUGUCUCAUCACCUGAAUCGUCAGAAUUUAGACCAUUUAAACCGUCAAAAUAUUGAGCAAGAAUUACACGAGGAAGCUAGAAGAAUGGUACAUGAUAAUUUAAUAGAACAGAGUAUAGCUCAACGAUUGGAUCAGAAUCUUGGUCAACGAUUAGACCAAAUACAACGAAUUGUACCAAAUAUAACGAUACACGAUAAUCAAAGAUUGGAUCAUGAUACAUUGAUACCAAUGCCAUUUCAUAUUAAAUCGGAACAGGAAGAUGAUGGAUAUUUUUAUGAUAAUAUCAACCAGGGAGUAAACGUUAACGGAUUGAACAAUCACAUUCCAAUCCACACCGAUCAAGUAACCAACCAAAACGUCCAAGAAAACCAAAUGUACAUAUAUAACAAUCCUAAUAUCAACAUACCAGCUUUAAGUCCCAUAGACUUAUAUUCAAGACCUCAAAAUUAUAUACAAACCUAUACAGCUAAUCGAGAGAAUCCGCAAAAUCUAGUUAUUCAAAGAUUCGAGAAUCAAUAUCAAGAGGAAUUAAAAAAAUUCAAACAAAAUGGCGGAUCUAACGGACAAGAAAAUGGCGCCCAAGAUGGCGGUAAAACCGAAAGUAAGGAAGAACCUAAAGAAAACUUAAAACCGAACGAAAAUAAAAUCAACGACUUUUUCAACGGUUUUAAUCAAGUAUACAACGAAAAAAGUGAAGACAGUGAUAGUAAAUUAACUAUAACUGAAGAUACGUCGCUUAUAAAGGGCGAGUAUAUAUGUUAUAAGUGUAACGACGUAUUUCCUUCGAAGAGAAACUUAAAACAACACGCUAAAACUUGUACCGAGACCACAGAAAUGGAAAUCAACGAGAAGCUAGGCAAAUACACCUGCACACAGUGCGCUUAUCGUUGCCAGUCGCCAGCUAUAUUAAAAAUUCACGAAAGGACGCAUUCUGGUGAAAAACCAUUUGCUUGCACGUUCUGCGAUUAUAAAUCAGGACAGAAAAAUAACGUCGCUAAACAUAUACUCGUGCAUAUGAAAGAGAAACCAUUCAGGUGUCAAUAUUGUGAAUAUCGUUGUGCACAGAAGAAUAAUUUAGUAGUUCAUGAGCGAACUCAUACGGGAUAUAAACCUUUUGCGUGUCCAUACUGCGAGUAUCGGACCGUACAGAAGCCAAAUUUAGUGAAGCACAUGUACUUGCAUACAGAUCAAAAGCCAUUCAGUUGUGACAUGUGUUCUUAUAGAUGCGUUCAAAAAACUAACUUGACCAAACACAAGCAACGACAUUUGAAUGAAAAGGAGGGCGAGAAAAUUGAUGUCAAAGCACAAUUUAAGCCAUACAGACCAAGACAGAAGUCUGUUAAAUGUCCACAUUGUUCUUACCGGUGCGUUCAGAAAACUAGUUUAGAUAAACAUUUGCAAUUCAAACACGCGGAUUUACCGCAAAAUUUAACCGAGAAUUUACCUGAAGAUUUACCCGAAAAUUUAGUCGACAACGGGGGGAGUUCCCAAGAUGUUGAAGAGAAAAGUGAUAUUUGUGAAGGUGCGAUACAAAAUUUGAGUGUUAAAAAAGAUGUAACGCAUAGUGAGGAUGUUUAUAGUCAUAACGAUAAGUGAUAUUUUUAAUAGCUUGUGUUAUUAGUUGGCUUGCAACGAGUUGGCCGCAUGUCAUGAGGGAGGUACUGUGAAACUUAUCAAGUGGUUACCUUUAAAAGACGUUUGAGGAGUUUCGGAAUAAAAACCGAUAAAUCCAAUAAACGCCUAUAGUCUGUCUUUUUUGAAGACGGAGUAAAAUGACAUU